AUGGUUAACUUCGUGUUUUGUAUGGCUCAUUUCUGCGAAAUCCAUGGCCCAGUCACGGUUCUUUGUACACAACGAAAAGAAUCGGAGUUGUCAGCCAAGUCGUCAUACGCUCGAUGUGAGAGUUGCUCGCUUGUAUUGCCCAGUGGUAUAACAAGCGUGGCAACGGAUUUCGAGGACCUCGUAACUAAAGAAGUCGCAAACGGCUUAUCUCCACAGCCUUCUUAUGGGAAUACCAGUGGCUUAGGUGCCCAUUUCAAGAUGGAUGCAAAAAUGAAGUCAUCGCAACAAGAAAUUUUAGAGAAAGUCACGUACGUUUCAACUCUGUACCCUCAGUCAGAGCGGAUCUUUACCUGUCUCACCAAAUUGGUGAUGAAAUGUCUAUCUGUCGAGGCUGUAGCAGAGCCACUGAAACCAAUUUUUUUCGGGGAUACCAAUACUGGCUAUUCCCUCAGUCGAAUUUUUAGCAUAAAUGAUUUGCAUGCGCGCGGAGGCGAGCGGAAGUAUGCCCUUAUGGUUGUAUGCGAUUCGGAGCGGGCUCUUCUUAGCAAUUGGGAAAUGGCAUCUGCUUUCAUUGCUGAGAUCAUUUUGCUACUACAGCGUAAUGUUGAGACUCACAUGGAAAGUACAAAACUGGAGACUGGAGAAAAUGGAAGGUACCUACGUCGCGCAAAAACCAUUCCUCGAAGCCUCGUUCAAUUAACUGGAGACAACGAAAUCUUCAUGAAGCUACAUCAGUGUGGAACAGAGGUUUUGCGUAGUAUGCAAAUACCUUAA